CUAGUGUCCGCAUCCUUGACGUCACGCAAUCGCUCAGGGUCUGAUUGGCCGGCCGCCCACGAAUCUUCCUUCCAUCUUCGGGCCCUGCCGUUCUGCCUCAAAAAAGUAGCAACGGCUUUUCCGCUGGCCCCUCCCCUACUUCAUCGCUGCUCAGAUCCCCUCCUGACCCGUACUUAUUUAUACAACUCGCUGCCCCCCUCUGCACCUGUCCAGCGCCCUCAAUCCUCGACGCCCGUCCCACUCCGUUCAAGAUCAAACACCUGCCGAAAUCUUCAACAAACCAUCACCAUGACGGCCACAGCUGCUCCCAACAUGACCGACAAGAUGCGCGCCUGGCUCUACACAUCGGCGCCCAAUGGGCUCGAAAAGGCCCUCUUCCUCUCCGACAAUGCCAAAGCGCCACGCAUGACGGCACAGGGGCUGGGCAAGUCGGAUAUUGUUGUCCGCGUCGAAGCCGCCUCGAUCAACCCGGCCGACUAUAAGCUGCCAGAGAUGACGGCCGCCGUCACCCCGCGCUUCCUGGCCUCCUCCUCCUCCGCGUCACUGCCCAAGCCCGACGAGCCCGCCCCCUCUGGCGCAAAGUCCCCCGGUUUCGACUUCGCGGGCACCGUCGCCGCCACCGGUGCCGCCGUCGACACCUUCCGCGUCGGCGAGCGCGUCUUUGGCCGCUGCAAGGUGCCCCCCGCGUUUGGCACCCUCGGCGAGUACGUCGUCGCGAGCUACGACGGCCUCUGCAGGCUCCCCGACAACGUCUCCUUUGAGCAGGGCGCCGCCGUGGGCACCGCCGCUCUCACCGCGUACCAGUGCAUCGCCCCAUACGUCACCCCGAACUCCAACGGCGCCGGAAAGGUCUUCAUCAACGGCGGUAGUGGCGGCACGGGCACCUGGGGCAUCCAGAUCGCAAAGGCUCUCGGCUGCCACGUCACUACCACCUGCUCGGCUCGGAAUGUCGACUUUGUCAGAUCCCUCGGCGCCGACGAGGUCAUCGACUACACCUCGCAGGACGUCGUCAAGGAGCUCACGGCCAAGGGCAAGGUCUUCAAGCUUGUCGUCGACAACGUCGGCACGCCCGCGAACCUCUACAAGGCCGCCGACGACUUCCUCGUCCCGCAAGAGUCCCACUUUGUCCAGGUCGGCGCCGCCUCGAGCGCCGCGGGCCUCACGAACCUCCUGAGCCGCUCGCUCGUGCCCUCUUUCCUCGGCGGCGGCAAGUCCAAGUUUAUCUUCUUCCUCACCAAGAACAUCCACGCCGACCUCGAGCAGCUCGCCGCGUGGAUGAAGGAGGAAAAAGUCGAGCCCGUGAUCGACGAGGUGUUCGAGUGGACCGACGCGCCCGCCGCGUACGCCAAGCUCAAGACCUCCCGCGCCCGCGGCAACAUUGUCGUCAAGGGUGCCCCCGCGAUCAAGAACUAGACCUUUCAAUGACGGACACGACACGACAAGACAUGACACGCACUUGCUUUUUUGGAGGGGGAUUUCAAGCAAAAUAUUAAACUUGAACUGCAGGCGGGCUGCGGGCUGUGGGCGAUGACACGGUUGGGAGCGGAUGCAUGAACACGAAAUAUACAGUAUACGACACAGGGAUUGCGGCGAUUUAAUUAUUUCAAGGGAAAGCCGGGGAACUCGAGGACGAGUCCAGCCGCGAUCACGGGGAAGCAAGAGCGAGACGGAAACAGAUGGGCGCGCCUGGGGAGAUAAUGAUACCUACUUGCAUUUGCUGUGUUGAGAACUUAGCACACACAAUUUUUGAGUUUCAAAUCAAACAACCAAACUGUUUG